AUGGGGGGAAUUUCGAGGAAACAUAGAAUUUGCAUUAAAUCACUGCAGCAGGUGAGUACUUUCCGCGGAAAAGUGAAUACUCUGCGUGGUAAUCGGCAACAGCGCCCGGUAGUCCUCAAGCGAGUGGACGGAUUCACGGAUGAUCCCAAAGAAGUGGCAGAAGAACUGGCGAAAGUGUAUUGCAAGAGAUCGGCAACUUCCAGCUACCCUCCAUCGUUCCAGAUAGCGAAAGCGGCAGCUGAACGACGGCCCAUAGAUUUUUCGUAUCACAAUAAUAAUCGGAAUGCCGUCGUCAUUCCUAUCCCGAAACCUAACUGCCGCGAUUCCGGACCGAAUGCCUCCCGGCCAAUCUCGCUCACCAGCUGCAUGGCGAAGCUUCUCGAGCGGAUUAAUCAUCGGCGACUGAUUACCGAAUUCGAAUCCAGUGGACAUGGUACCGAUACGUACUUUGCCGAGCUUGAAAGAUCGUUGCCUACUACCGGCGAGCACUGUCUGAUAGCAUCCCUGGAUUUAUCGAAGGCAUACGAUACCACCUGGCGACACGGCAUCUUGCGAACUCUAAAGUCUUGGUGA